AUGUCUAAGAGAGAACAUGGUUUGUGCUUCAAUAAAUACUGUAGUUUGACCUCAUGGCUGCUUUACUGCUGUAUUUUCAUAAAUCUUGUAAAUGGAUACUCAGUAAAGAACUGCACUGUCAGAGGGUCUUUGAAAUAUGCACAAAACAUAAAUGUGUUUUGUAAUAAGAGGUCCCUGCAUUUCGUACCAGGGAAUAUACCGGACAAAGCCACAUAUUUGGACAUUUCUUACAAUGUCAUACAGAAGAUAAUCAAAGAGUAUUUCUCUCAACUGUCUAAUCUUAAAAGUCUUAAUGCACUACACAAUAAGAUCCGGGAAGUGGAGGAAGGAGCGUUCAGCAGCUUGGUGGCUUUGCAGGAGUUAAAUCUGGCCUACAACAAACUGACAGAUAUCUUGGGAGGAAUGUUUCAGAAUCUGGGAAAUCUCAUUGUCUUACAUCUAAAUGAAAACUUGAUCACAAAUAUCAACUUCUCUGCAUUUUCACCCCUGAUCAGUUUAAGAAAAAUAAAUCUGUCCAGAAAUCAUCUGAAGAAAAUUAGCAAAGUUCAGCAGCUCUUUUUAUUACCACAGUUACAGGAAGUGCACAUUGGGAGUAAUGGCUUCACCUCUUUUCACACCUCGGAGCUGUCCAACAUAUCUUUGAGACUACAAGUCCUGGAUUUAUUUCAAAAUCCUUUGAAAGUGUUCAGUAUCACUGCUGAUAUUUUCCCUCACCUUGAUAAUUUGGUCUUGGCUUUUAUUACUGAAAACAUGACAUGGGAUGUGCAGGACAAAAGGUAUCUACAAAGUGUGCAACAUCUAAAUUUAAGCGGAAUACAAUUGCCCCUGGAGAAGAUCACGGAUCUCCUACAAACCUUCAACUCUUCUUUGGCCAGCCUGAGGCUACACUUUCUGGGGGAUAUAAAAGUGAGAGCUUUAAUAAGGGACGUCUGUCUGAUUUCACCUUUGAAAUUUCUAGGCUUGCAGUGGAACAACAUUACAUCCAUAUCAAAAGAUGAGAUGCAGUUCUGCACACAGUUAACUCAGCUUGAUCUCUCCAAUAACAAACUAUACAGUGUCCCUGCUGUCGUCAACAGCCUACCAGGUCUUCGUUUUUUGGACCUCACCUUCAACAAUAUUAAGAACAUAAGUAGUGUUGAUUUAGCUAACUUAACCCAAUUACGGACCCUUCAGAUUUAUAGCAAUGAAAUAUCUUUUAUUGAGGAAUUUGCUUUUAAAGAUCUGAAAAAUUUAACAACUCUAAUGAUUGGCUCUAACAGACUCUCUCUCAACAGAUAUUUUAAAAAAGAUCUUCAAAAACUUGAGAAUUUGGAUCUAGCAAAUAACAAGCUGGACUCUGUCCGUAGGGGAGAUUUUGACUCCUUAAAUUCACUGAAGAAUUUGUCUCUACCAGACAAUCAAAUAUCAUUUAUUGAAGCGGGGUCCUUCAAUAGACUGACAAAUUUAAUUUUCCUGAAUUUGCAAUCAAACAAGCUCUCUCAGUGUUCAAUAAAAGCUUCUGUGUUCUCCAGACUCCCAAACCUGAAAACACUUCUGUUGAACAAUAACUAUAUUUCAUAUGACAGUCAAGAGCCUCUUGAACAACCACCCUUUCAAUAUCUGAGAAAGCUAAAGACUCUGAACAUUUUUAGCCAAGGUCAUAAAGGAAUGCUUUAUUUACCUUCAAAUCUUUUCAAGGGACUGUGGAAUUUGGAAGAACUUCAAGCAGAGAAUCUUAAUAUAAAUUCUUUACAUCCCGAUACAUUUACUUAUACUCCUUAUCUGUGGGUACUGGAUCUCAGCAGAAAUGAUUUUAUUUUACUCACAACAAAAAUAUUUCUGCCACUCCAGGUCCUCAAGACACUCCACCUGUCUAAAGUCGGCUUGCAAUCUUUGGACUUUCUCAUUAAUGCAAAUCUCAGUAAACUGCAUCUGUUGCAUGUAAGCAAGAAUGCAUUAUCAGUCAUUAAUGAGACAUUGAUCCGGUCUCUUCCAACAUUGAUUUACCUUGAUCUACUAGGAAAUUAUCUCUCAUGUGACUGUACCAAUGCCUGGUUCGUCAACUGGACCAUUAGUAGCAAUGACACAGAAGUUGAAAGUGCUUAUGAACUCACAUGCAAUUACCCAGACAAACUCAAAGGACAUAAACUCUUGGAUCUUGAUAUAGGUUCAUGUAAUGUAGAUGUUGGGUUUUUCUGUUUCAUUUCCACAGCCACACUAGUCUCUGUGACCCUCCUUGGCUCUUUUCUCUUUCACUUCCUCAAAUGGCAGGUUAUUUAUGCUUACUACCUUUUCCUUGCUUUACACCAUGAUAACAAACAGCAGAGAAAGCCCAAGGGUUUGCAGUAUGAUGCUUUUAUUUCCUAUAACGUUCAUGAUGAAUUGUGGGUAAUGAGGGAACUUUUACCUCAGUUGGAAGGCAAGCAAGGCUGGAAGUUGUGUCUGCAUCACAGGGACUUUGAACCAGGCAAACCUAUCAUGGAUAAUAUUGUUGAUGGCAUUUAUAGUAGUCGAAAAACCAUCUGUGUGAUUAGCCGUCACUACCUGGAAAGUGAGUGGUGUUCCAGAGAGAUCCAAGUUGCUAGUUUCCGUCUCUUUGAUGAGAAAAAAGAUGUUCUCAUCCUGGUAUUCCUGGAGAAUAUUCCAAGUCAUCAACUGUCUCCGUACUACAGAAUGAAGAAACUAAUUCAGAAGAAGACAUAUCUCAGCUGGCCUAAACCAGGAGAGGAUACCAGAGUCUUCUGGCAGAAAUUGAGAUUAGCUCUGGAAACCAAAGGCAACUCAGAAAUGGAGCCUCCCAUUGGCUGGAAUUAA